AUGGACUGUAGCUGCGUCUCUGACCUUCUUCUCACGCCCCCAGUGCCAACCCUCUGGACCCCAGGGUUUGCUUUCCCAGACUGGGCCUACAAGCCAGAGUCAAGUCCAGGGUCACGGCAGAUUCAGCUAUGGCAUUUUAUCUUGGAACUGCUACAGAAGGAAGAAUAUCAGAAUGUUAUUGCCUGGCAGGGGGAUUAUGGCGAGUUUGUCAUUAAGGAUCCAGAUGAGGUGGCUCGCUUGUGGGGAAUCCGAAAAUGCAAACCACACAUGAACUAUGACAAACUCAGCAGGGCUCUCAGGUACUACUACAACAAACGGAUCCUGCACAAAACAAAGGGAAAGCGCUUCACCUACAAGUUCAACUUCAGCAAAGUGGUACUGGUGAAUUACCCCCUCCUUGAUAUGGGCACAUCACCCUUUUUAUUAACGCAGGGACCCUUUAAUAGUCACACACAUGACUGUAAUCCCCUCACGGCAGAGGGCCUCCAGAAUCUGUUUUCAGCUACAAGGCUUCCUGAACCAGGGACUCGAACCCCAUUGUUUGACAGGCAGAUGCCAGGAAAUGAAGCGGAAAAACUUCGUCUGGAUGCAGCUUUCCCUUUCCUUGGAACAGGUACUCCUGGCUAUGCCAAGCCUCCCGGUUUGCUGACUUCCUAUGGCAGAAAUGUACCAUUCCCAGAAUACCCCUGGAGUUUUAACCCAUACCUGCACAGUGGCUUCCCACUGAACACAUCCAAGCUCUCAGCUUCUCUCUAUCCUCCACACUUCUAUCCCACUCCUCUGCCCAGUUCCUUGACCCAACUCCCUACUCCAGUCUCGAUUCUUCAAGGAGAUAACAUGGACAGAACUGCAACAGCAACUUCCCUUCCUCGGAUCUGUUUAACUCCUUACCCUGGGGCACUCCCUUUUAGGGCUGACCUGAGUUCCAGUGGGAACAGAGAACAGGAGCAGAUACUGCAAAGGGCCCAAAGUCCAGCUGCAGGGGCCAAAGAAGACCCGGGAUCAGACUCAGAGUUGGAGAUCACCGACCUCAGUGAGUGCAGCUCAGAAAAUGAAGGCUGUGAAUUCAACCUUGAUGCUCUUGAGGAGAAACUUGGAGCACUGGAAAACUCAGUCCGGAAAGUUAAACACUCGGAGCUUGAGCGAGGUUUGGAAAAGUCUUUGAAUUCAGAAAAAAAUUCAUGCAGAAAUAAAGGAUUGAAACUGGGAAUAUAG